CAAAGAGACUCCAUGGAUAAAUAUUUUCAAGCAGAGACCGACCAGAUGAUUGAUAUGGAAUCAUAUAACCGGAUAGGCGUACUUUAGUUAACACAAGGAGAGGGUUAUCGGAGCCUCGAUGUACAAUGAGCGUUUCUACGCCUGAAUACGAACCAAUCAGCGAGACGGAACCAUACCCGGAAGUGGAGUCAUCACCGGAAGUUGAACCAUCUCCGGAAGUCACGAAUUUUCCCGAACCAGAGCCCGAGGCAGAAGGUUUUAGCUCAAAUGGUGGAUUUAACAGCCAGGCGCUUUUUAUCACACUUUACUCAUUAGUUAUAUUGCUGAUCGUAUUGGGGAAUCUAUGCGUUGUCAUAACAAUAUGCAGCAACAGAAAACUGAGACAAAAAACAACAAAUUUGCUGUUACUUUCACUCGUGAUUUCCCGUCUAAUGAUCGGGAUUUUUGUUGUUCCGGCGAGAAUUGCGGGUCAAUUCUCAGAGGAAUAUCUGGGAUCACCCUUGUGCAAAUUAUGCCAUUUCUGUGCGCAAAUCUCAUCAUCAUCAAGCGUAUUCUCCAUAGUAGCAAUUGCCUUGGUGAAAUACCGAGAAGUUGUUUUAACUGAUCUCCCGCCAUUGACUUUAAAGCAAUGCCGCAUGAUAAUCAUCGGACUUUGGAUAUUAGGACUUCUGUACUCAAUACGAGCUCUAUUCGUGUUUGACUUGGUCGAAGAAAUAAUCGAGCAACCGAACGAUAAGUCGAUUAUUUUCAUCACGUGCAAUGUUGGACACGAAUACAAGCUGUUGAGUCGUGUGUUUAUGAUCGCUGAUUUUUUCACUAUGUUUUUAAUUCCAUUUAUUUUGAUUAUUGGAUCUUAUGCAAAAGUUCUCCAAAAAUUGAAUGCCAAGAAGAACAGUGAUAAUGAGGAUAAGACUAUAAAUAACGCCAUACACAUGCUUAUCGCCCUCGUUAUUCUGUUUAUAGCCUGUAACUUGCCUGGCUACGUCCUUAAGCUCUGUAUCCAUUGGGGGAGUGGAUACUUCGUGGGGUCAACAGUUGUCUCAGACGUUAUGUAUAUCAUAACAUACUCAAAUAGCUGGUUCAAUAUCAUAGUUUAUCUGCGUUAUAGAGAGGACAUUCGUAGCGCGUUUUUGCAAAUGCUUAAAUGCCCAUCUUCUAUCUGCUGUUCCAAUGGGUGUACCUGCGGGGAACGUGUAUCGCCAGUUAAGCGAAAUUCGAAAUCAAAAGACGAUCAAAUGGUAAAAUAUUCCAGUGAUUUCCCCAGAAAGAAAAAUUCUGUAGAGUUGAAACGACAUGAUGAUACUAUAGUCGCCUUGGAGUUUUGAUGGGUACACCACGGUGGCCAAGUGUAACGCAGUCCAGCUAUUUAAGGCACAUAAUCCAGUGAGGUAUCUACCACAAACGUUUAAGAUUUGAACUCCUUUUGUGAGAAAUAUAAUCAUAUACGACUUAAAAAUGUUAAUAGACGUGUGGAUAUUAUUUCAAUUUUAUGUGAUUUCAAUUUAAGAAGAAUGGUAAGUUUGGCAUUUCGCUUAUACCUUACAUAUACAUACCACACUGAUCAUUUUUAUAUUACAAAUGUGCUCAAAUGUCUUUUAAACAGAUUGGUACAUCAACGUGCAUCAACAGUUACACCAAGGACAGUGUGUUAAAAAUACGGCCAAAGAAAUCGCUAUAUCUUGAAAAAUACACAAUCAGGGAUGUUAAAAGAAUGCAACUGCAAUACAAGCAAAUAACUUCCAACCAUUGUGUUUUGGCACUCGGAAUUAGCACAAAUUAUUUUUAUUGAAGUGUGUGGUAAUUUUCUAGAGUUAAAUUAAAAUCACUCCAGGGACUUUACAGUCAUGGUCGAAAUGCCAUAAAAUAUCUGCC